GAGUUCACAAAAGCCUUUUACCUGAAGACCAAUGACCAGAUGYUGGUCGUCUACCUGGCCUCUCUGAUUCGCUCAGUGGUGGCUCUGCACAACUUGAUCAACAACAAGAUCUCCAACCGAGACGCGGAAAAGAAGGAAGGACAGGAGAAGGAGGAAGGGAAGAAAGAGAAGAAAGACGACAAAGAGAAAAAGGACGAAAAAGACAAAGAUAAGGAGAAGGCAGAAGGUGCCAAGAAAGAUGAGAAGAAAAAGAAAUGAGUGCUCGGYGUUUUUGUUUUUCUCAAAUCACACCAUCUUCAUCAGGACAGUGCUCUACUUUCUGCCCCACGUCUUCUCUGUAUGUGGGUCUCGGGCUAAAAGUAGGACUCUGAAUGGGGAAUUGUGUCAUUUGAGAUUUGGCYUGGUGAUAACAAGUGACACUCAAAGACUUUAUUAUCACAUAGAGAUGAUGAUGUUUGCUCUCCAGUGUUCUGAACUGUGAGAACACGAUGCUGUUUUCAUAGUUUCCAUGCUGCCGCUGUUGCUGAUUUUGUAAGAUGGAGUAAAAAAAAAAAAGUUAUUGUUUCUGUAUCACUCAUUAAAUCCGGACUAUAUUAAAUGUUUUGUUUUUUUUUUCCAAUUCUGUCCCAAUUUUAUCAAUAAAACUUUAAAAUUUGGAUACAUUUCUGUAUAACA